CAUUUCUGCCGUCAUCAGUGCUGCAUCGCGAUCGUACAUCCUCUGCCUCUCAUACAAUAAAAGAAAAUCACAUCAGACAAAACCCAGAAGCAGGAGAUUUUUCCUCCGAAGGCUUUCCGGAAAGGGAUCUUUUCCCUAGGCCGAUUAGAAAGUAAGCUUUCCCCGUACGAACGCGUUCCGGUGUACUCGCGAAAUCGUGUCAAAGUUAGUUAGUCCUAAUUGUGUGAAACGUGAAGGAAAAUCGAAACCUCUAUCUAGCGAGAAAAUCGAUAACCAGGCAAAACGGGUGGCCGAACGGCGACGGUCGGGUCGUAACUCGGAACAAAGUUGCAACAAUACACUUAUUUUCCUAUCAUAUAGGAACGGAUCUAGACCAAAUUUUACCAGUUGUUAUUGUAGUUUUGGAAAACAGAAGUUUGUCGCCGUUUUUUGUACAACACCGUUCAGAGAAUAUCGUUGGAGUGCCCAGACGGGGGCCCUGACAAAGUGUGUGCGAACAAAGAUGGUCCUGUAGGAGGACACGACUGACCAACAACGAGGAAAAUUGAAUUUUCCUCCUCGGUGGAAAAUCCAAAAGCCGAAAAAAGGAUUAAAAAUAGGUUACACUUAGUAAUUGAAAUUGGAGCCCAUCAGUAUUUAUCUUACGAAUAAAAAUUGAGUUACCUAAAACCAAAAGUAUUAACUAAAAACCGAGAAUUCCGAAGGUGCUAACACAGUUACAUAAAUUUAGGCGUCUGCCAUAGCUCCCUACCUACUGGUAGGCUAAACGGUUUUCGUCAUCGUCGUCGUCGGGUACAAGAGGCUGCAACAUUUUAGCAUCUCCCGUGACGCCGCCGCCACCACAGAUAAAUCCAAUGAAACCAAGUUUCAAAAACGGAAAAUUUGCUAUAUCAAUCUAUGAAAAAUGUCUCUGCCAAAAGAGUGGAAUCUCCAGGCAUCGCAGGUCUGUCUCGAUCAACCCAUCAGACCCCAGAGUCUCAUAUCGGACGACCUCGAGAUACAGCCAAAGUACGAGAACAAGUUCCUCCAUGCCGUGUACCACCCCUCGAUGCCGGACCACUGCCGGGCCCCGCUCAAUGCGGCCCUGCUGGCCGAGUGCGACAACAGCGGUUCGUUGUACUCGAUCCAGUCCGCACCGGUGGUCCAGACAACGACUCUCGGCACUACUGGCGAGUCCACCCUCAACAGAGACAUCCCCGGUGGCACCCUGCUACCGAUCGACCCCAUGGGAGUGGACGCCAUUCUGGACCGGCAGCGGGAUUCCUACCCGGGAGCCACGGGGCCACUCAUCAGCCCACUUCACUGCAACACCCUUCCCAAGGAGGACCAUCGCACGGACACCCUACUGCGACCUUCUUCGCUGGCCUUCGACACGGGCUACCACGUGGUCAAGCCUCAUGUUGAACCCCAGUUGUCCGCCGAGUUGGACGAGGACGACAAUGAAAACCUUUUGACUGUUUCGAGUUUAACUGCUAGACCAUUGAUUGCCAAGUCUCGUGAACUUAGAAGCAAAAAGGAAAAGCAACUCAAGCGCAGGAAGAAAGUGUCCACCGAAACCAGCAGUGAAGACGGCGAGGAAGGGCCACCCGACGGAGGCUACGGAUGGGUGAUCGUGUUUGGAGCCUUCUCCGUUCAGUUUUGGGUCGCUGGUCUGGUCAAGUCCUACGGCGUCCUAUAUGUAGAAAUCUUGGAAAACUUUCCGGACUCAUCGGCCACCACGGCCUCGUGGAUUCCAGCUAUUUUAUCCGCUUUGUGCUUAGCUUUAGCGCCGGUGUCUAGUGCCCUGUGUCAACGUUUCUCGCCUCGUAUUGUCGUGAUCAUUGGUGGCGUCUUCUGUGCGCUGGGGCUCACGAUGAGCUACUUCGCCACCAGUCUGUACCAUUUGCUGCUCACCUUUGGGAUACUCACUGGGAUCGGCGGUGGGCUGUCCACCACGCCCGGCAUUGUCAUCGUUUCGCAGUACUUCGAGAAGCGGCGUGCCCUGGCUAAUGGGAUCACGAUCUCUGGCACGGCGGCCGGAAGCUUCAUUUUCCCAAUGCUGAUCGAAAGGUUGAUUCACCUGUUCGGCUUUCAUGGUACCAUUCUCAUUUUGGGUGGCUGCAUGCUGCACGUAUGCGUAUCCGGGGCACUCUACCGCCCAGUAGAAGACACCACUCAGAAGAAGCCAAACCAGCGGGAAAUCGUUCCGUACGCCUCGCGGAUGGACUUCAAGGAUAACCUGGGGCACCUCAGCUCGUCGGAGGACCACCUAAGCCGACGGUGUCUGGAGGAUCUGUUCCUGGACGAGACCCUCCGGGCCGACAAAAACCGCAACAGCCUAAACCUUGACGGCAAGUUCGUGAACGUAACGGAGAAGACGCUCCAGGAAAGUGAAGACGAACUGAAAGAUAUCAUCUCGAAUGCGAUCUUUCUGAAGCCCAUUGCCUCGAUCAAAAGCUGCAGCAUACUGCACUCGGUCGAAGAUCUUAGCACCGAUUCCACGUUCGUGUACAAGAACCGCAGCAGUGGGUACGACUCCCAGCGGAAUAGCAAGCGGCUCAAGCAGCGCAACGAGGAGAUGUACAACCGCAUCAACCAGCAGAAGCAUCAACAGCCACAGGACAUCCUAUUACCACCAAAGACGGAACAGCCUCAACUACCACAACCACCGCAAUCACAGGGACUGACGAAGACGACGAUGACAGCACAGCAGGAUACGGGCAAUGCAGACUCGACGGAGAAGGCCCCACUCAAGUCGGAGUGGAUCAUCGGAGGCGAUGGGGGUGGCGGCGGCGGCGGUGGCAACCAGUACUGCCCGCUGUCGCAGAACCGUGGCCUUAGUAAAAGCAUGAUCAUUCCGACGCCGGCCAGGGAUUUGUCCAACAUUUUCGACGACGAGUACGAGGAAUACAGCGAUGGACUGUUGGAUAAGAUUAGUCAGUACCUGGACAUAUCAUUACUAAAGGAUAUCACGUUCAUUCUAAUGUGCCUAUCUGUGACGUUGAUGUCGGUGGGGUGUCCCUACAUGCUGUACUAUUUACCGGCUUACGCUAUCUCUACAGGAUACACAAAAUCGGAGGCGGGCUAUCUGGUAGCGGUAAGCGCAGCACUGGAUUUGAUUGGGCGUUUAGCCCUCGGAUAUUUAUCCGAUCUGGAUCUGUUCGACCGAAAGAAGGCUUACAUUGUAUGUAUAUUGGGAGCCGGCACGGCCGUGCUGACGAUCCCCACGAGCGACACGUGGGUCGUGAUCGUGUGCAGUGCCGGAUGCUACGGACUGUGCCUGGGAAGCUGGUACCUACUGAUGCCGGUGCUGCUGGCCGACCUCUUCGGAACGGACCGGAUCAGCUCGAGCUACGGGCUGGUGCGGAUGUUUCAGAGUAUUGGUGCUAUCUCGGUGCCACCACUAGCAGGUCUUCUGCGGGACUUGUCCGGUGGCUACGAGAUCUGUUUCUACUGUAUGGGUGUGUGCAUGGUGCUCGGUAGUGUCCCGUUGCUUGUGGUCAUUAUCAAGGAUACGCUGGCCCUUGUCGACAAGAAGCUCACGAUGGAUCGGGUCGCCUAAUUGAGUGGAACUGCGAACGGCAACGGAUGGCGGAUGCGCAGCGGAUGAAUGUGAGAUAAGUAUACACUAUAUAUUAUUAACUACUACUAGGUAUGAAAUGCUCGUGUUAUCGUAAUAGUAAUAAUUCGAAAACCAAGCAACACACGAAUAAAGAAAUCACAAAAAAAAACCCUAGCUAAAAUAUUUGAUGGGGACAUUAUUGGUUAUUUCUUUUUCUAAUAAAAGAGGGGGGACCUAAGCCGACUAAUAAGACGACGGUUCUACAAAACCAUGUACGUGUAAGCGCUAUUAUCGCGCACCUGACUUAAGAAAUAAACUCUAUUUUUAAGCGUAUCUAGGUUCUAAGAAAUUUGAAGAAAAUAAAAGACUAGCGGUAAACGGUUUGAAGCGAAAAAUA